AUGGUUGGGAUAUUUUCUCGUGGGGCAGGUUUAGCACAGGGAGCGACAGUGUUUGGAAGCAAUAUAAUUUAUGCAAUUGGUGGACCUAGCUACACAAACAAUUGGGGAGCUCGAGGAUUUGCAGGGUUUGCUGGUCUUUCUGGGCGGUUUUCCGACGGACCAGACUUAUCUGAAAACUUUUCAUUUGACGGAACUUUGAAGAAUCCUGGAUCUUACGCAAGUGCAAUUUACUACGUAAUUUAUGCUUAUGGGGGUUGUUAUUCAGCUUAUCUGGCCGUUUUACCUCUUUCUGUAAUUAGAGCAUCUAAUCUGACAGUUGCAGCCAACCUAUUUAAUACGGCCUUUGGUGGCAUUUUUGGCUCACGGGUGCUACCAGUUCUUGUAGGUAGCUCCUCAUUCGGAUUUGUCGGUGUCGUGUUCUAUUCUGGUUCUAGGGUUGUCCUUGAAGCUUCUCGACAAGGAUUUUUGCCUUACGAUCGGUUUUUUAGUAAAGUCCAUCCCAAGCUGCAUACGCCAAUUUAUUCACUUGUGCUACUUUAUGUUAUUGCAUUAAUAUUUUUAUUAGCGCCUCCUCCUGGGUCCGCAUUUCAAUUCAUUGUUGCUUUUACUGGUUACGGAAAUUAUUUUUUCUCAGCCAUGAGUGUUAUCGGUCUGCUUAUUUUGCGUCGUACACAGCCCAAUAUCAAACGUCCACUCAAAGUACCUGUAGUCGUGGCUAUUUUUUUCAUAAUCAUUUGUUUGUACACAUUAGUCUUUGUAUUCGUACCGCCUGAAACAAAACCUAACGGGUAUCCAUACUGGCGUAAGUUUUAUUAA